AUGCUUCGAGUCCAUUAUUCUGGGCCACCCGAAGCAUCCUCGCCUGCCUCGCUCGCAUCAUCUGGAGUCGUGGAACAGAGCAGCAGGAACAAGGGGGAGGAGGAUGUCUCGGAAGUGGGAGAUGGAACUCCCUGUAAGACCUGUACCGAGCUCUACAGAGGUAGAGCUCGGUACAACAUUAAAAGCUGCCCGGGCGUCAUCCAAAAUCAACAGUGCACGGUACGGUUUCCCAAGGAUGGAGUGAAAUCAUGUUUAACGUGGCGCAACUCAAAAUGCCACGAUUUUAGAAAAACGGACAGAAAUAUUGCAAAGAUAGAGCUCCAACAAGUGCAUCUGCACAUCAAAAACCGCGACACAGCUCCAUCUGUGCGCGACAAUUGUGGCCUGGAGGAAACAAAAGAUGGGGUGGAAGGACAGGGUGGAGGGUGGGUGGACAGUACAUGGGCGAUUCUCAUCAUGCGUGGCUGCAAGAUGAUUUUUCCCAGGGUCCUUGCAAGCACCUGGAAAGCUGGGUCGCUGACGGAGACAUAG